ACAAUCCAACGGUCCAUGAUCACCUACUAGAACUUUCUCCGCUUCUCCCCGUUAUAUCUACCUUCCCCCUCCCACACUUUCUUCAUUGUUGGCUUGUGCUCUGCUCGUGCCUCUAGGGUUAUCAUAUCUCCAUUUCCAUUUCCUCUCUCUCAGUUUCCAAGAAUCUUAAGCUAUGGGAAAGUCUUACCCAACCGUGAGCGCUGAUUACCAGAAGGCCGUUGAGAAGGCGAAGAAGAAGCUCAUAGGCUUCAUCGCUGAGAAGAGAUGCGCUCCUCUAAUGCUCCGUUUGGCAUGGCACUCUGCUGGAACUUACGACGUGAGCUCGAAGACCGGUGGUCCCUUCGGAACCAUAAAGCACCCCUCCGAACUCGCUCACGGCGCUAACAACGGUCUUGACAUCGCUGUUAGGCUUUUGGAGCCACUCAAAGCGGAGUUUCCUAUUUUGAGCUACGCCGAUUUCUACCAGUUGGCUGGCGUUGUUGCCGUUGAGGUCACCGGUGGACCUGAAGUUCCCUUCCAUCCUGGAAGAGAGGACAAACCUGAGCCACCACCAGAGGGUCGCUUGCCCGAUGCCACUAAGGGUUCUGACCAUUUGAGAGAUGUGUUUGGCAAAGCUAUGGGGCUUAGUGACCGAGAUAUCGUUGCUCUGUCUGGGGGUCACACUAUUGGAGCUGCGCACAAGGAGCGUUCUGGAUUCGAGGGUCCCUGGACCUCUAAUCCUCUUAUUUUCGACAACUCAUACUUCAAGGAGUUGUUGAGUGGUGAGAAAGAAGGCCUCCUUCAGCUACCUUCUGACAAGGCACUUUUGUCUGACCCUGUGUUCCGCCCUCUUGUUGAGAAAUAUGCAUCGGACGAAGAUGCCUUCUUCGCUGAUUACGCUGAGGCUCACCAAAAGCUUUCUGAGCUUGGGUUUGCUGAAGCCUAAGCAACGUUUUGGGGAUUGUUGGAGAGGCACAGUGCCCAUAAUAUUUCUCUCAUAAAUUCUAUGGUCAUGGUUUCUAAUGCGCCACUGUGGGUUCCUCAAAUUUUUAGAUAGCUUUUGAAUGUAUUUUGCUGGACGUGGUGAUGAUGAUUGGAGUUGGGUUGUUUUUGUUUGUGGUCGAUCCUUUUGUUAAAUAACAUUGUUCAGCGAUUGCGAUAUUAUUACCCUUUCGGACCUAGCCUCGAUCUUUAGUUCUUACCGACUAUAUAUAGCUAUUGCGUUUUCCCGAUUUAA